UUGCUUUCGAAAAUAGAUUUUUUGCGAAAAUAGAAAGAUUUGUGUUUUUCUCGUGUAAUUCUACUGCCGUUUCCUUUCCACAACGUGAAUAAAUAGAGUGCUGCGUUGGUUUCGGGUUGAACAGAACACCAAAGGCCAUGGCGAGCGGAUUCGUGACGGAAACAGAGUUGGCCGAAGCUCGUCGCUUGCGGCAGGAGGAAUGGGAAAAGGUGCGAACCGCGGAUCAGCCGGAAGAGGCCCCCGAGGAGCCGUACGAUGGAAGAUCGCUGUACGAUCGACUGCAAGAGCAAAAGCAGAAGAAAGAUCUGGAGUUCGAAGAAGCCCACAAGCUGAAAAACAUGAUCAAAGGUCUGGACGAUGAUGAGGUUGAAUUUUUGGAUCUGGUCGAUAAAAAUCGAAUGAACGCGGAAAGACAGGCCCAGCUGGAGGAGCGAAAAGAACUAAACGAAUUCCGCGCUAAAGUGGCCACUCUGCAGGAGAAGCGGUUAGAUGAGCAAAUACAGCAGCAGGUUUCAAAGCCCAAACCGACCAAAUUGCCCGUCACCAGUUCACGAACGAGUCAAAAGCAAAUUCUGGCCGGUGCCGUUGUCCGCAAACGUAAACUAGAACCCGACACCGCAUCAACUGCAGGGCCCAAAGAAACCUCCGGAUCAUCAGUGGUGCCAGAACCGUCAAAUGUGGAGGAAGGCAAGGAUGAAAGGGUGGCUGAUGAUGAGAAAUCGAACGAAAGCGCAAAUAAUACGGGUGGCAAAACAGUAGUACCCGGUUCGGCCCUGAGAGUAAUUGGUAUACUGCCAGGAAUCGGGUCGUACAGUGGAUAUGGAGAAGGUUCCGAUUCAGACAACAGUUCCGAUUCGUCGGAUUUGGACACUAGUCAACCGGGCGUGGACUGGAUCGGUCGCAAGAUACGCAAAACAUGUGAUGAAAACUGAUUACGUUUGGCCUCUAGGUGUUGCUUCUACAGAUAUUCACAUAUUGUCAUUUUAUGUAAAGUUCGAUGAGUGAUUCGUUCCUGGUGGUACAGGAUUUUUCCUUGUUUGUUCAGCUAUAUACCUUCGCCGACAAGACGGGCAGUAGUAGAAUGUUCACAAAUGAUUCAGAAACGAAGGAGAAGAGGAUAACAGUUUCAGAAAGUACAUGUGCUCCUACGAGGACUAGCGACCUAAGUAAGUGUUGUUGAAUUUGGGUACUUGCUAAUCCAUUAUUUGGGCGAUAUAGUGAAUUAAACCUCUUUGACAGC